CGUGUAUAAAAGCGAGAGUAGCUCAAUUGCAACUUCACAUCCUCACCAACUGUUUGUUCUCUUGGACAUCAAUCGGCUCACUCGUGCAACACAAAUCUUAUUUUUCUUUUUUUGGCAACUAUAAUGGCGGCUUUUAAAAUUGCGUUGAUCUUUGUGGCAAUGGUGGCAGUGGCUUACGCUGAAGAAGCCGCCCAGGAGAGCAAUAUCGACGAUUUGGAGUUGGCUGAAUCGAAAUCCAAGAAACACGGAGGUUACGGAAGCAGCUAUGGCUACUCCGCACCUAGCUACGGAAGCAGCUACGGUUAUUCCGCUCCUAGCUACGGUUACUCUGCUCCCAGUUAUUCCGCUCCCAGCUACGGUUACGCUGCUCCCAGUUACUCCGCUCCUAGUUAUUCCGCUCCUAGCUACGGUUAUGCUGCUCCUAGUUAUGGUUAUUCCGCUCCUAGCUACAGCUACGGAAGCAGCUACGCAUAUGCCGCACCCAGCUACGGAAAAGGCAAAGGCAAAGGUAAAGGUAAAGGCAAGGGUGCAAGCUACGGAAGCAGCUACGGCUAUGGCGGUUCCAGCUAUGGUUACGGAGGCAGCAGCUACGGUUACGCCGCACCAUCAUACGGAAAGGGCAAAGGAAAGGGAAAGGGACAGAGCUACGGAUACUCUAGCUACGGAUACGGUUAUUGAGGGAAAGGAAAGAGCUAUUCAAUUUGAUGACAAGACUCAACCUCUACAUAAUUAAACAAUGUGUUAAUUUCCGUAACGAUCGUUCCCGUAUGUAUCCACCAUGUGCUUGUACGAUUGAGCUCAACAACUCUAAUUUAAAAAUACAUCUGUUAUAAAUAAAACAACGUAUUUUCA